UAGAAACCACACACUAGCCCUUCCUCCUUGCUUUCCCAUCAUGGAAUAGCUAAACUUGCCCCCACCCACACCUCCAUCACCUCCCAGUGCCCUAUGAUUAUUUUGACCCUCUGAUCUUUUUGGAGGGAAGCUUCUGCCACUUUUUAACACUACUCGCCUGGAAAACACACACACAUAGACAGAGCCCCCCAAACCCUAUUGUGAAGGAAGAGGUUCUUUUUUUUUAUUUCCUCUUUUCUUUUGCUCUGACUUCAGAGCUUCAGACUCCAGCCUGAGCAGCCACAAUUUCUUACCAUGUAUUCUCCUUUUAAACCAUCUCCUUCCUGCACACGCUCAGUCCUUGCAGCCACGGAUCUAACACAACUCCCCGCUUCUCGCCUGCAGGUUCUUUGCUCCCCGUCACUCAGCUGAUCCUGAGCUUUUUUCCUCCUGUUUUUCCCCCCUUCCCUGGGCACUGAGGUGUGUGUCUGUGUGUGAGUGUGGCUGUGUGCAAGGAGGGGAGGCGAGGGGGGCUUUUUUUAAUUCUUGGUGGGGGAUUUUUUUUCAAAACAUUAGUAUUUUAAUUUGCUUCUCUGACUUGGACACUUCUCCCUUGGAGAUUUCUUUUCCAUGCAAAGGGGUUCUUGCUUGCGGCUGGCAUGGCAGAGUACGUGUCCCAGCCUUCUUCCACCUGGCCUCCAGGCCCACAGCCUCCUCAUGCCUCUACAAUCUGCCCAUUGGAGCCUGUGGAUCUGGGGGUCUCGGAGCAGCAAACACCACCAGAGCAGCCUCCAUCUUCUCCGGAGCUGGGUGAGGAUGAGGACGUCACCUCCCCGACGGACCCUGAUGUUCCCUACCCCGACUUGGCCCCAGUUGUCUUCUUCUGCUUGAAGCAGACCACCAGCCCGCGUAACUGGUGCAUCAAAAUGGUGUGCAACCCUUGGUUUGAGUGUGUCAGCAUGAUGGUGAUUUUGUUAAACUGCGUUACCCUGGGGAUGUACCAACCCUGUGAGGAUAUGGACUGCCUUUCUGACAGGUGUAAAAUCUUGCAGGUAUUUGAUGAUUUCAUCUUCAUCUUCUUUGCCAUGGAAAUGGUCUUAAAGAUGGUGGCCCUGGGAAUCUUUGGCAAGAAGUGUUACCUUGGAGACACCUGGAAUCGCCUGGAUUUCUUCAUUGUUAUGGCUGGGAUGGUCGAGUACUCCCUGGAUCUCCAAAACAUUAACCUGUCUGCAAUCCGUACCGUUCGUGUCUUGAGACCACUGAAAGCUAUCAACCGUGUGCCUAGCAUGCGUAUCCUUGUGAACUUGCUCCUGGACACCUUGCCUAUGCUGGGGAACGUCCUUCUUCUCUGCUUCUUUGUCUUCUUCAUCUUCGGCAUCAUCGGGGUGCAGCUGUGGGCUGGGCUGCUCCGCAACCGCUGCUUCAUGGAGGAGAACUUCACAAUACAAGGUGACAUUGUCCUGCCCCCUUAUUACCAGCCUGAGGAAGAUGAUGAGAUGCCCUUUAUCUGCUCACUGUCAGGUGACAAUGGAAUUAUGGGCUGUCACGAGAUACCUCCACUGAAGGAGCGGGGCCAUGAAUGUUGUUUGGACAAGGAUGAUUAUUAUUACUACAACUCAGUCAGGCAGGAGUUCAACAUCAGUGGCAUGUGUGUCAACUGGAACCAGUACUAUAACGUGUGUCGUACAGGCAAUGCUAACCCACACAAGGGUGCUAUCAACUUUGACAACAUUGGGUAUGCCUGGAUUGUGAUAUUUCAGGUGAUCACGUUGGAAGGGUGGGUGGAGAUCAUGUACUAUGUGAUGGAUGCCCAUUCCUUCUACAAUUUCAUCUACUUUAUCUUGCUGAUAAUUGUGGGCUCCUUCUUCAUGAUUAACCUGUGCCUAGUGGUCAUUGCUACACAGUUCUCAGAGACUAAGCAGCGGGAACACCAGCUGAUGCAGGAGCAGCGGGCCCGGUACCUCUCCUCCAGCACUGUCGCCAGCUACAUGGAGCCGGGAGACUGCUACGAGGAGAUCUUCCAAUACAUCUGCCACAUUGUGCGCAAAGCCAAGCGCCGCACCCUUGGGCUGUACAACAGCAUCCAAAGCCGGCGCCAGGGCCACGUGGAGCCGAGCAAUGCCAAGCGAGGCAUGAGCAGGAAAGACCAGAGGCACUACAGGCUUUGCCAGCAGCACAACUCUCUUGACUGCCCUUCUCAGGGCUUGGUCCAGCCCAUUGCUGUGACAACAACCUCUGAUCCCACCAACUGCCCCCGAUGCCACAAGGCAGGGCAUGAAGCAUCCAGAAGGCUCUCAGUCCUGGACAGCGCUGAUUCAGAUCAGGAAGAUAGAGGAGCCAGUGAAGAGGAGGGAGAGGGCAGCAGAGAGGACCAGGGUGCCUCAACAGGGGGGAAGGAGGAGGUGGAAGAAGGUGGACGGCUGAAGCUUUGCAGUGAAAUGUGGCGAGAAGUGAGGGCUAAGCUUCGAGGGAUUGUGGACAGCAAGUACUUCAACCGUGGGAUCAUGAUCGCAAUUCUAGUGAACACAAUCAGCAUGGGCAUUGAGCACCAUGAGCAGCCAGAAGAAUUGACCAACAUCUUGGAGAUCAGCAACGUUGUCUUUACAAGCAUGUUUGCCCUGGAGAUGAUCCUGAAACUUGCUGCUUUUGGACUCUUUGAUUACCUCCGCAACCCCUACAACAUCUUUGACAGUAUCAUCGUCAUCAUCAGCAUCUGGGAGAUUAUUGGCCAAGCAGACGGUGGCCUCUCUGUGCUGAGGACUUUCCGUCUCCUGCGGGUGUUGAAGCUGGUGCGUUUCAUGCCCGCACUGCGCCGCCAGCUUGUGGUGCUGAUGAAGACUAUGGACAACGUUGCCACCUUCUGCAUGCUCCUCAUGCUCUUCAUCUUUAUAUUCAGCAUCCUGGGAAUGCACAUCUUUGGUUGCAAGUUCAGCCUCAGGACAGACACAGGAGAUACAGUUCCUGACCGGAAGAAUUUUGACUCCCUGCUGUGGGCCAUCGUCACUGUUUUCCAGAUCCUAACCCAGGAAGACUGGAAUGUUGUGCUCUAUAAUGGCAUGGCCUCCACCUCGCCAUGGGCAUCCCUCUACUUUGUGGCUCUCAUGACAUUUGGCAAUUAUGUCCUCUUCAAUCUGCUAGUGGCUAUUCUUGUGGAGGGCUUCCAGGCUGAGGGUGAUGCCAACCGGUCAUACUCAGAUGAAGAUCAGAGCUCGUCAAACAUGGAAGAUUUAGAUCAGUGCCAAGAGGUCCAGGAAGGCUCAGAUCCCAAGCUCUGUGCAAUUCCUGUGACACCUAAUGGACACUUGGACCCAUCCUUGCCCUCUUCCAACCCAUCAGUGGCUGCUGGGGGUGUCACCAACUCUUCACGCAAUUCCCUGCAGCCUGACCAGAUCCGUGUUGCUGUUGGCUCCCGGAAGAGCAGUGUGAUGUCCCUGGGGAGAAUGACCUAUGACCAGCGGUCCUUGUCCAGCUCCCGCAGUUCCCACUACGGUGCCUGGGGCCGCAGCGGGGCCUGGAGCAGCCGUCGCUCCAGCUGGAACACCCUGGCUCGAGGGCACAGCCUGAAGCAUAAACCUCCCUCUGCCGAGCACGAAUCCCUCCUGUCUGGAGAGAGGCACAGAGCAGCAGAUGGGGAGCCAGAUGGGGCAGGAAGGGCGUUUCAUCACCGCCGGACACUCUCCCUGGACAACAAAGGCUCCUGUGACCUGCUGGAGUUGGCCUCGGUCCCAUCCAGCCACAGAGUGACUCGUAAGCUGGGAGCAGCCACUGGGGUCAGUGAGCAUCAGGACUGCAAUGGCAAAAUGCCCAGCAUUGCCAAGGAGAUCUUCCCAAAGAUGGACAACCGCAAGGAACGGGGAGAGGAUGAUGAAGAGAUAGAUUACAGCCUGUGCUUUCGCAUCCGGAAGAUGAUGGAAGUCUAUAAACCAGACUGGUGUGAGUUACGGGAAGACUGGUCCAUAUAUCUCUUCUCUCCACAAAACAGGUUUCGCCUUCUCUGCCAAACCAUCAUUGCUCACAAGCUCUUUGACUACGUUGUGCUGGCCUUCAUCUUCCUAAAUUGCAUCACCAUUGCCCUGGAGAGACCACAGAUUGAACACAGAAGCACGGAGAGGAUCUUUCUCACUGUGUCCAACUACAUUUUCACAGCAAUUUUUGUAGCUGAGAUGACACUGAAGGUGGUCUCUCUAGGCCUGUAUUUUGGGGAUCAGGCUUAUCUCCGCAGCAGCUGGAACAUCUUGGAUGGCUUCUUGGUCUUCGUGUCUCUCAUUGACAUUGUGGUGUCUGUGGCCUCUGCUGGUGGUGCCAAAAUCCUAGGGGUGCUGCGGGUCCUCCGGCUGCUGCGCACCUUACGUCCACUCCGGGUAAUCAGCCGAGCCCCUGGCCUGAAGCUAGUGGUGGAGACACUCAUUUCUUCCCUCAAGCCCAUAGGAAACAUUGUCCUCAUCUGCUGCGCUUUCUUCAUCAUCUUCGGCAUCCUGGGUGUGCAGCUCUUCAAGGGCAAGUUCUACCACUGCCUGGGAGUCGACAUCAGGAACAUCACCAACCGGUCUGAUUGCAUGGCUGCCAACUACAAGUGGGUUCACCACAAGUAUAACUUCGACAACCUGGGACAGGCUCUGAUGUCCCUGUUUGUUCUGGCUUCCAAGGAUGGCUGGGUUAAUAUCAUGUAUAAUGGACUAGAUGCUGUGGCUGUUGACCAGCAGCCAGUGACCAACAACAACCCCUGGAUGCUCCUUUACUUCAUCUCCUUCCUUCUCAUCGUCAGCUUCUUUGUGCUCAACAUGUUCGUAGGGGUGGUGGUGGAGAACUUCCAUAAGUGCCGGCAGCACCAGGAGGCUGAGGAGGCGCGCCGGCGGGAAGAGAAACGCUUGCGCCGCCUGGAAAAAAAGCGAAGGAAGGCACAGCGUUUGCCGUACUAUGCUACCUACUGCCCCUUACGCCUCCUUAUUCAUUCGGUCUGCACCAGCCACUAUCUGGACAUCUUCAUCACUUUCAUCAUCUGCCUCAACGUGGUCACUAUGUCCCUGGAGCACUACAACCAACCUGUGUCCUUGGAGACCGCCCUCAAGUACUGCAACUACUUGUUCACCACUGUCUUUGUGUUGGAGGCAGUGCUCAAGCUGGUGGCAUUUGGUCUGCGCCGAUUCUUCAAAGACAGGUGGAACCAACUAGACCUGGCCAUUGUACUGCUGUCUGUCAUGGGCAUCACGCUGGAAGAGAUUGAAAUCAAUGCUGCUCUCCCAAUUAACCCCACUAUCAUCCGGAUCAUGAGGGUGCUGCGCAUUGCCCGGGUUCUGAAGCUACUGAAGAUGGCCACAGGAAUGCGAGCACUGCUGGAUACCGUUGUUCAAGCCCUGCCACAGGUGGGAAACCUUGGACUGCUUUUCAUGCUCCUCUUUUUCAUCUACGCUGCUCUAGGAGUGGAGCUGUUUGGAAAACUGGUAUGCAACGAUGAGAACCCCUGUGAGGGCAUGAGCCGCCAUGCUACCUUUGAGAACUUUGGGAUGGCCUUCCUCACACUCUUCCAGGUGUCCACAGGUGACAACUGGAAUGGGAUCAUGAAGGAUACCUUGCGUGACUGCAGCCACGAUGACCGGAGCUGCCUCAGCAACUUGCAGUUCAUCUCGCCACUGUACUUUGUCAGCUUUGUGCUCACAGCUCAGUUUGUCCUCAUCAAUGUGGUGGUAGCUGUGCUCAUGAAACAUCUCGACGACAGCAACAAGGAGGCCCAGGAAGAUGCAGAGAUGGAUGCUGAGAUUGAGCUGGAAAUUGCACAUGGGCUAUGCUCCCGCAAGUCAGGCUCCUCAAAUUCAAGACAGGGAAAAGGAGCAGGAACAGGAGGAGGCAGUGGGAGAACAGAUCCUGAAGGACGUCUGUGCACGAGAUGUUACUCCCCAGCACAGGAGAACUUAUGGCUGGACAGUGUCUCUUUAAUUAUUAAGGACUCCUUCGACGGGGAGUUAAUGAUCAUCGAUAACCUAUCGGGCUCCGUCUUCCAUCAUUACUCCUCGCCGGCCAUGUGCGAGAAGUGUAACCAUGACAAGCAAGAGGUCCAGCUGGCUGAAAUGGAAGCCUUAUCCCUCAACUCAGACAAGUCCUCUUCCAUCCUUCUAGGAGAUGAGUCAGACAAUCGCAGCACUUCUCAGCUGAGUCCUAAGGAGAUGAAGGAUGGCCAGGAGAGUGCUGACUCCAAUGGGGAAGGUGAUCUGGGUGAAUGCCUGCUCCCGAUGUCCAAUGUGGAUAGCUCUACAAACCCAAACAGUUAUCUGUGUGAAAUGGAGAAAACUCCUUUUAACUCAGUGCAGUCUUGGCUACAGCAUGAAAGUACCAAAGCCCCUCCCAGCCCCUUCUCCCCAGGUGCGUCUUGCCCUCUGUUACCUGUACCAGCAGAAUUUUUCCACCCAGCCAUCUCUGCCACCCAGACAGGCCCUGAGAAAGUCUCGUGUCCACGCAACCUUCCUAAGAUCUCUCUGCAAGGCUCAUGGGCAUCACUGAGAUCUCCAAGUGUGAACUGUUCACUUCUUCAACAGGCCCCUGAGAGCGAUACCUCGCUGGACAGCCGGAGCAGCAGCUCAGCAGGCAGCCUGCAGACCACGCUGGAGGACAGCCUCAACCUCAGUGACUCUCCCCAGUGCACCCUAGACCUCCCAGUGGCUCUGUGCCCCAUGCCAGCUUCUGACAGCCAAAGACCCCUGGGAGUCCCCCUCUCCCCAGCCUCCCGCCGCCGGAGUCUGAGGGGCCGGGGGCUCUUCAGCCUGCAAAGCAUCCGUCGGCACCAGCGCAGCCACAGCAGCGGUGGGAGCACAAGCCCCGGCUGCACCCACCAUGACUCCAUGGACCCCUCGGAUGAGGAGGGGGUGGGUAGCAGCCUACGAGGGGGUGGCAACAACAGUGAGCCCUCGGAGACCCUCAGCAGCCUCUCGCUGACCUCCCUCUUCUCACCCCCACCACCGGGGCUGACACUGGUGAAGAAGUGCAGCAGCACAAGCAGCCUCCACGCCAGCCCUUCGCCCCGCCGCCCCACUGCCCACCACGCCAAGCCCUUCUACACUGUUGACCCCCGGGGCUUCCUCUCGAUGCCCUCCUGGGUGACGGACUUCUGCAAGGACACCCCCUCACCCAGGGAAGGAGAGGAGCCGGAUGGUCCUGGCAGACUGGGGACAGGGGACUGUGGCUCCCCACUCCCAUCCGAGCUGGAGCUGGGCGAUGGAGUCAGCAAGAGGAACAGAUGAGGGUCCCUGGGACGCAGGGAGGGAGCAUUUGGCCACCGGCAUGGGGAGCAUGUUUCGCUAGCUUCUCCCCAGCAGCAAUUCCAAAGGAUUUGUAAGAAAAAGAACCAGGCAAACAAAACUAAUUUAUAAAUAUAUAUAUAUACAUAAAUAUAUAUAUAUAUAUAGAAUAAAUACUCUGGUACUGUACCUCAGAGGCAUGGGAGAGUGCAAGCAAUAUGGGAACAGUCCUGCCUGAGGGCAAGAUCUGGACCAUCAUGGAAGAGACUGUAGUGACAAGAAAAGGCCAUGGGGCUGGGAGGGACAGGACCCUCCAGCCAGGUGACUGCUGUGUGGCAGCUCUUUAGUUAUAUACGUAUACAUAUCUAUAGAGAUCGAUUUAUUUAUUUUUUUUACCGAAAGAUUAUGAAUUUCAGAAUGUGCUAAGAAGCAACAAGCAAACGGGCUGAAGGAGGUGCUACGCUGAAUGAGGAGGGUGGGGGCGAAUGGAAGGGAAGUGGGGUGAGCAGCAAGGGAAGAGCAUCUGGGGUUUGCCUUGCCUGUUUCUGGGAACUUUCUUAUUGUCCAUGCUUCCAUUUCAAACAUGAAUAAUUAUGGGUCAGAUCUUCAGGUAGAGAGUAAAUUGGCAAAUUGUGAUUGUGCAUUUGUUGGUGUAAAGCAGCAGAGCUCUGGCUUGAGGUGGAUUCAUGCUGAUUUACAGCAGGUGAAAAUCUGGCCCCAGCAGCAGGGAAAAGCAAACAGCCAUGGAGCACGGGAAACGUUUUGAGGUGAAAAGCCUUGCUUUGAAGGAAAUAUGUGAACACAGCGGGCAUGCUCAGGGGAGGAGGGGAUAAAGGCUACAUGGCAUAUUUUUGUUGUUGUUUUGUUGGUUUUGUGGUUUUCAUUUUCCAAAGAAAGAUAACUGCUAAGAGAAAAAAAUUAUAAGAUACGUGGGAAAUUUGGAGUGGGGGAGGCAGGGUGGAAGGGGAAAGGGAGGUGAAAAGGGGAGAAGAAAUUGAACUUUUCCCCCUUUCAUUUGCAGUAAUUGUUAUAUUUUAUUUUAGAAGCCCAAAGUUGCAAAAAUCAUCUCUAGAGAAACCUAUCUGUUAUUUUUGUAUCUAUAGCUAUAUAUAUUAAAAGAAGACAAAAACUUGAAUUUUAAAAAAGACAAAUAAAAGCAAAGGGGGCUUCAACAACACAAAACAUAGUCAGUCCCCUGGAUGAGGGCUAAUCCUGUUCCAAGUCCCAGUGGGAAAACCCUGGAAGGACAUCCUCGGCUCAGUGGAAGCUCUGCCUCCUCUCCAGCACCACCUUAAACCUCUGGCAUUUUUCUGACUUGCAUCAGUGUAUCUGGGACCAGAAUCCUGCACAGUGCCAACCACGCACAUGGAGAGCAGGAAAUAUUGAUAUAUGUGUGUAUGUGUGUGCGUGCACGCAAAGGUAGGGAUGCUUACCUGCAUUGUGUCCAGGCUAAGAGGGUCGUUUACUGGAUAGGGGAGAGGGAGAACUGCAGCUCUCCUUGCAUCUGCCUUGCAGGGGAGUUGGUGGGAAAGCCUGCGGUGUGGAGGGUGAGGGCACACUGACUCCAACCAUGACCUGCCUAAGGAUCCAGGAUUCAAUCCAGCAGCCAUGAUCCUCUCCUGGUGUGGUUGCAGCAAGACUUUCAGAGGCUGCAUCCCUCCUUGUCUUUCCAGCAGUAUGAGUGCACAUCUCCUUAUAGGCCAGGGUCAACCUGGAUCUUCUUCUGCAGCAACAUCAAGGUUUCGUACCCUUCCUAAGUUUGCAGAUGGGUAGGAAAGCCAACAACCUGGAAGACACGAAGAAUUUGGGAUGUCGCCUACUGCCCCAGGCAAGCCCUGCCAAGGUGUGUCAGAGAAGUUGAGUGAGAAGGGCAGCUGGGAGAGUGUAGUAGCCCAAUGGAGAUGGGGAGAUUUGGAGGCUGGUUAGAGAAGGAGCAGAGCUUCCUCGGGGAUUCCUGCUCCAUGUUUUCCAUCAGAUAAGAGGGCCCCUGCAGCCUUCUCAGAGCUCUCCCAGCUGGCAUUUGAAGCCUUGUGAAGCGGGCACUGGAAAACGGAUGCUCUGGUUUUAUUGUGACCUGUCUGUGUUUUGAGCAGCUGCUGCAUCUUACGAACCAAGGCUGUAAACAGCAAGCACAUCAAAUGGGACCAACAGCCAGGAAAAGGAUAAUUACAGCGUGGACUUGAUUUAUUUGCUGGAAGGAAUGUUUGCUGUGUUGCAAGUGUGUGUGCUGACUGCAGGGAGGUCAGGCCUGCAAGGAGAGGACAGGAGAGUCCGGAUCCUUGUCCUUGCAGAAAGGAUGCUAAUCUAGAUCUAUUAAAGCAAUAAUAAGGGUGUUUAAAUGCCUUUUUUUGCACUGGUUGUUCUUUGGGUGAGUUACCCCUGUCUGCUUUCCCAUAGACAGACAGGAAACAUAAGACAGGUUGUUUCACUUCCUCUGGGAAGGAGAGCAUUUGGUCCCCAAACAGCUGAACAAUGAACUUGGGCUGCAUAAGGCUUAGACUCAAAUCCAGGGUUGCUUUGAAGCCAGAGUUAGAGCUUGCCAAAAAAACCAAACAUUAAAAACCCACCCAAACCCCAGACAACCCAACACACGUUUCCUGGAAGGUGGACGUGAGGGAACUUGAAGGUGGAACUCCAGGCUGUCCUAGCAUUUGUGUGGGCCAUGAAACAUUUCAGCUGAGGAAUGGGACAAAGGUCAGAGAUCAGUAUAGUGCUACAAUCUACCCCUGCAUUUGGUCAUGAUAGAGGUAUGGCCUGCACUUGGGGUAGCUGAGAGGGGACAAAGUUCAAAAGAUGAUGGAAAAUAUUGUGGUGGUGACCUCACGGGGUGACUUUACAGCUCCUAGGAUGGAUGCUUUCUCAGCUUAUUCUCAGUUUUCCCUGGAAGUGACUUGCAAGAGAAAACUUCUUUGUUUCUCUUGUGGUUUGGGGUUCACAACAGUCCUUUUGCUCUGCAUGAGGUCACCUCUUAGUAGAGUCAUGCCACCAUUUGUGCCUCCUUGCAAAAGGGCUUUCACCCUCUGCCAUAUGACUUGAGCAAAAGGCUUCUGGCUUAGGAAGAAGGUUGCCAUGGAAACAGAAGACUAGGUUAUCUUUAGAGAAUAUUUUGUCUCUCUCUUUUAAUUAUUUACUAACUGUUUGAAGAGGAAGGAGGAAACAUGCAUCCUUCCCAAAGAGGCAGCAGAAUACUAAAACCCAGCAAAUGCCUCGUGUUUUUGCUGAGGAUUUCUGUGGUGGGGCACAUUGUGCGGUUUCUCAUGGCAAGAGAUGCUUUUCCCAGCUAUGCCUGGCUGUUGGCACCAGAAAAAAUCUCUGUCAUCACCCACCCACCUCCCAGACAACACCUGAGGGCAGCCCAGGAUUUGCCCAGGCGCCUUUUCAGCCUCCCGUACUCCCCCUUCCCACAGGCAACUAUAUCACAGGCAGAUCUUGCCAGGAGGCUUUUUGCUGUCGUCAGCCCAAAAGCACUCUGUUUUGUCCCACUGCCGUGUUACCCUCGUGCCCAGCUCUCCCCCGUGUCUGCCACCAAAAGCGGUGCCUCUCCCUGCUCAGUGCUGAGCUCCUACACAUGUUUGCACACCACUACCAUGUACUGCUCCUGCUGCUGCUCACCAAGCUUGGCUUUGCUCUUCUCAUCUUGGCUUCCCAGCCAGUUCUUCCACUUAUUUUCAACAUUUUUUCACAUUGUUUUUCCUAAGCCCUCGCUGUAGAUCUUGGCUUCUGGGCCCGCCUGAUGUGGUUUAUUGCAGUUACAGAUCAGAUCCCAUCAUGAGUGCUUUCCACCUUCUCUUGCACACAAAAUCCUCACCUGUUCCAACCUGCCUAUGAAAAACGCAUCCAUAUUUAGUAUUUCUCCUGUGCCCAGAGACCCUGUCUCAGGACUGCUGAAUGAACAACGUGUACUGAUAGGUUUCCUUCCUUUCGUGGCUUCUCCAUCCUCAUCUGUCUUAAUACUACCACCAAAAUUUUGCUUAUGAAAUAGGACAUAUGGGGACCAAUUGCUAGCAUGACCGUUGUUGACUUUCAUGGGAAGUUGGCAGUGUUGUAUGUUUGCGUUUGUUUUUUUGAGGGAGGGGAGUUGUUGGGUUUUUUUUUUUUUUGCGAGGCUGGGUCCCGUGAAGGACUGAAUGCCACCAGCUUUCUGUGAAAUGAAAACAAGUUGAGCAGGCCUGGGGGUAUAAAAUUGAAAGUGUCAUUGAGCAGGAAAAUAAUUUUGCAGACAAAAGAAACUUAAAGCAGAAUCUUUAGAUGUCGUCAAUGAAUUUUCUACUUUUUCUUUUAGCUGAGAAUGGAAGGA